AAGUUUCUCAAAUCGCAGCACCUUCUCAUCACUCUGAAGCAAAAAAAAUCUUCUCUUCCUCCUCUUCCACGAACUUUCUAGAAUUGAAAUACCAGUGCCGUACCUGGAAAAUUCUCACAACUAAAUCUUCUAAAAUUCUCAUAUCGAAGCUUUCUUUAGGGUUUAGGUGCUGCGUCUGAUCAUUUCGGGAUCUGAUUUGGUUGUAUCUUGUGGCUCCUCUCAUGGAGGAGCCCAGGGCCAAGCCAACACCUACUGCAGGCGAUUCACAGAGAUCUGUGCCCACUCCUUUCUUGACGAAAACGUAUCAGCUCGUUGACGACGAGACAAUCGACCAUGUCAUUUCAUGGAACGACGACGGAUCUACCUUCAUCGUCUGGAACACCAUGGCUUUCGCCAGAGAUUUGCUCCCCAAGUAUUUCAAGCACAAUAACUUCACCAGCUUUCUCCGUCAGCUCAAUACUUAUGGAUUUAGAAAGGUUGUAUCGGACCGUUGGGAGUUCGCGAACGAGUGCUUUCGCAAGGGCAAGAAACAGCUUCUUUGUGAGAUUCAGCGUCGGAAAUUGGCCGCUCCGGUACCGUCCACUGCUUCUAACGCGGUUGUGGUGACGACCGUUGCGGCGAUUCCGUCUGCGCAACUACUAACAUUGACGGGGAAUUCUUCCGGUGAAGAACAAGUGACUUCGUCUGAUGAGACACCGACGAGAGCUCUUGCAGAGUUGAUCGAUGAGAACGAUCGGCUGAAAAAAGAGAAAGUUCAGCUCACGGAACAACUGGUUGAGGUGAAAUCUCUGUGCAACAACAUCUUCUUGUUGAUGUCGAGCUUCGUUGAAACUCAAUUUAAGAGCAGUUUCAAAGGGAGAGAGAGCGUUUUAACAUCGGCAAAAUCGCUUGAUCUUUUCCCCGUGAAGCGGUCUUCCGACGAAGUCGAAGCGGCGGAGGCCAAGGAGGAGGAGACGAAUCAGAUCGGCCCGAAGCGACCAAGGGAAUGUAAGGAACGGGCGACGGAGACGGCGGAGGAUGAUACUACUUUGCGGCUUCAACCACCGGAUAGAUCGGAAGUCAAAUCAGAGCGGAUAAAUUGUCAAAAUAAAGUUGAUGAUGAGAAAACGUGGCACAAUCAGGUCCACUGAGUGAAUAAUAAAAUGGAUCUGUAUUUAACGGCUAGGAUAACGUAUCGAUUUUUCAGAAUCUUGUUCAAGUAAUCAGCGACGCAUGGAAUCACUUCCUCAAAUUGGGGAAAUAUGGCACGUGUGACGUGUGCUACCAUUUGAGGGGGCAAAUUAAGGAAGUUUCCAUAUUCCCUUUUCUGCAUUUUCUUUAAAAAAAAGGAAAAAGAAAAUCUAAAUGGAACUGAAAAAACAAUUAAAUUGCAUACAUAUCAGCAAAGCAAGCAGUAACAAAAUUUACUUCUUAA